AUGUCUGGUCAUAAUGUGGAAAGGUGUUAUAAACUACACCCUCCAUCUAAAAGGAAAACUGCUGGGUUCAGCAAGAUUCAUAAACCAGUAGAACCAGAUGGAAUGGUAGUGGCAGCAGUUGAAACAGAUGAUGCUGUUGUUAAUACUAUUGGGAUGAAUCCCAAUAGUAGUGUUGUGGAGCUAGAGGCAGCCAUUGACAUUAACAGUAAUUUGAAGGGAAAUAUUAUGAUUGAUGACAGCCUAAUCAAUAUAAAUCCAACUAGAAUUGAAGACCAGAGAAUUGACAGUUUAAAUGACGUUCUAACUAAAGAUUGGCAAGUUCAAAGAAGCAAUCAUUCUCAGUUUAUUCACAUACAAUUCUAUAUUGGAGCUCAAGUUGGCUAUGCCACUUUCAUCUAUGCCAGUUGCCUUGCCAGCAACCAAGCCACCUUAUGGAAUGAGUUGAUCCUGAUUGGAAAAGCUAUAAACUCCUUUUGGAUUUUGGGGGGUGAUUUAAACUGUCUUUCCCCUCUUGGUGAAAGAAAAUGUGGUAGACCUCCCACUAUCUCUGCAUUAAACAAAUUCAAUGAUUUUCUCUCUGAGGCUGAGUUGUUUGAUUUGGGGUACCAAGGGCCUGACUUCACUUGGAGAAGAGGUGCAAUGUGGGAGAGGCUGGAUAGAUUGUUAGGGAACUCUAAAUGGGUUCAGACCUUCCCUUGCACUAUCAUUACUCAUCUGGCUAUGUUUGUUGAUGAAGUUGGUAAGGUUUGGAGGGCUGAAGGGAACUCUAAUCCCUGGGUAAAACUGUGGAUUCUGCAAAAAAAGGUGGUUGCUCAUCUCAAGAAGUGGAAUUGGGAAAAAUUUGAUAAUAUUAAUGAGAAUUUGACCACUGCUCAAAGUAAUGUUAUUAAAAUGGAAAAGAAUUUCCAAAUGGGUCUGAAUUCUGAGGCUGAACUGCACAAAGCAAGUGAGGAGUUGUUAAUGCACACCAAUUUUACUGAAGGUUUUCUGAAAAAAAAAAAUGCUGUCACAAGAUUCAUUGAUGGUGAUAGAAAUAUUAAUUUCAGAAGGAAGAAUAACAUAAUCCUCUCCAUGCAUGAUUCAAAUGGUAAUGUGGUAACUGAUGCUGAGGACAUUGCCACUGAUGCUGUUCAGUAUUUUCAGAAAAUCUUUAUGGAUCAGUUUACUGAAAGAGCUCCUAUCAAGGUGGAACUUUUCUCUGAGUUCAUUAAUUAUGCUCAAAGCUUGGACCUUAUUCAGAUUCCUAUGGAAGGGGAAAUUAAAGCAGCACUGGAUUCUAUUGAUGACCAAAAGGUGGCUGGCCCUGAUGGUUUUACUACCAAAUUAUACAAGUCUACUUGGCAUAUCAUCAGUGGGGAGGUGGUUGAUGUUGUACAAUGCUUCUUUAAAGGUAUGAAUCCCCCUAAGUACUUCACUACUUCCACUAUUACUUUGAUUCCCAAAAAUUCUACCAGGACUGGGUGGGGAGAUUUCAGACCUAUUAGUCUAACAAAUGUCUUGUCUAAAGUUAUCAGCAAGGUUAUUAACAGCAGGCUCCAACCUCACCUCCAACAACUUAUCAGCAAUAACCAGGUAGCAUUUGUGAAAGGGAGACAGAUCUCUGAUAAUAUUCUCUUGGCACAGGAGUUGUUGCUGGACCUUGACAGAAAGAUUAGAGGAAGCAAUCUCAUUCUGAAAUUGGAUAUCCAGAAAGCUUAUGAUACUAUCAAUUGGAAUUUUAUAUUAGACACUUUAAUUGCUAGGGGUUUCUCUGAGCCCUUUAUAAUCUUGAUAAAAAGAUGGUUUUGUAUUAAUAAUCACUUUAUCUUAAUCAAUGGUAAAAGCCAUGGUUUCUUCUCUGCAUCAAGGGGAAUUAAACAAGGAGAUCCACUGUCUCCUACUAUCUUCAUUCUUGCUAUGGAUUAUCAUUCUAGACUUUUAAAUCAAUUGUUUGCCUCUUCUCCUCACAUGACAUAUCAGCAUAGAUCUAAUAUUGGGGUGAGUCAUCUGUCUUAUGCUAAUGAUAUUAUCAUUUUCUCCAAGGCUACCAAAACUGCUGUGAAGGCUCUUUUCCAAGGACUGACACACUUCCAAAUCACUUCUGGUAUGCAUCUUAAUAAACAUAAAUGUUAA